CUGGAUUCCCACGAGACCUCGCCGCCACCCCUCUCCCACUCGCCGCGCGAAUCCACCGCCGCGAGCACGCCCGUCACCACCCCCACCCAGCACUCCGUCUCGCCGCACCUGGGCCGCGCCUCUCAAGGCUCGCCUCCGCUCUCUUAUUCCUGGCAGCGCAAGCCGCACGAGCUGGUGCCCAGCCGCGAGCCCGAGUUCGACCUGCUGUUCGAGGACGCCGGCGACUGCAGCUUCCCGUUGUUCCCCGCGAGCCCCGUGCAGCACAGCUUCGCGGGCACCAUGGCACAGACCGCCACGCCUAUCGACAUCCAGACGCCGCCGCGCUAUGGCUCGCACUCGCCGCAGAACCAGACGUCCAACCUGACGUCGGCCCUGCGCGAGGCCGAGGCCAACCGCGAGUUCGUCCAGCCCUCUGCCCAGCUCGACCCCAACGCCCAGUUCCGCGAUGGCCGCCCCAGCAUGUCUGAGCGCCACGGCUCCAUCAGCAACCUGCUCGGCACCUCGUUCUACGGCAGUGGCGCCCGCCCCAUCUCCAUGCGGGACCGUGGGCGCCGCGAGAGCACCAACAUGGGCAGCUUCAACGGCGGCAUGAGCUGGGGCGGUGUCUCCGUCGGCUCGUGGAUCCGCGACGACAUUAUGAUGGCCGGCACCUCGCCUGCCCCCAUGAACAUGGGCCAGUCGCCGUCCUUCCACUCCUCGUCAUAUCUGCCCAAGAUGGAGGCCGCCUUCAUGAAGGACUUCACCUGCUGCGGCCUGACGCUGGCCUCGCUGCACGACCUGCUCCAGCACUUCGAGGAGACGCACGCCAACGCUCCUGCUGCCCGCAACCCUCAGCCCGCACAGAGCGGACUGCCACAGACGUCGGGCGCACCUGCACCGUCAAUUGCCCCUGGGCAGACACAGGGCGAGCCUGCGAUGAACACACAGAUGGGCUUCAACCCGCGCUCAGGCUCCAUGGGAGCCAUGGGAGGCCAGCGCCAGCGCCUGAACUCCAUGAGCCGCUCCAAUCUCUCCACUGUUCAGGACAUGGACACUCUGGACGACAUGGACAUGGACAUGGACGGCUUUGACAACCUCGCCCCUAUUGAGGAGACACCUGUGCAGUUCCCAGUCCAGCAGCCCCAGUUCGGCCAGCAACAGGGCCAGCUGCCCCAGCUGAACGUCAACCUCGCCAACAACAUGCAGAACCACCAAGGUCUGCGGACAUCGACACCUUCCACCCCAUCGGCAGCACAGCAGUUCAACUUCAACAACAACCCCACUGUGUCAUCCGUAAAUACGCCUACGCUCGGCACCGUGCCCAUGCAAAAUCACAACCUGACCUCCCCCGAGUCCUCGCACCCUGGCACUCCAGCGGAGCUGGACAUGGACUUCAGCAACUUCAACCCUAUGAUGGGUAUGGACAUGGGCAUGACCGGCAUGAACGGCAUGAACAUGAACUUCGGUAACGGCAAUUUCGGCAUGCCUGCCUUCGAUAACAACGGCACAAUCGACCAGCCCGGCAAGCGACUCUUCAGCAAGCAAGGCGGUGGUCUGAACCAGGCUCAACUGCAAGCUGCACUCAAGAACUAUCAACUCGGUGGCAACGACCAGAGCGAGCUUGCACGGAGAAUCCGCGAGCAGCAAAUGCUCAACGGCGCGAGCAUCCCUCAGUUCCCCUUCCCCGAGGAAGUGAAGCCUUUCAGGUGUCCGGUCAUCGGCUGCGAGAAGGCGUACAAGAACCAGAACGGUCUCAAGUACCACAAACAGCACGGUCACCAGAACCAGCAGCUCAAGGAGAACGACGACGGGACCUUCUCCAUCGUCGAUCCUCUGACUUCCAUCCCGUACCCCGGUACCGUUGGUAUGGAGAAAGAGAAGCCGUACCGCUGCGAAGUGUGCGGCAAGCGAUAUAAGAACCUCAACGGCCUCAAGUACCACCGAUCGCAUGCUCCUCACUGCAAUCCUGAGCUUGCGUUACAAAAGCUUGGGCUCGCUCCAAAUAUGCAAAGCCUGCAGAACAUGCAGAACGCCAAUGUUGCAGGAGCUGGAAUGGGCGGGAUUGACCCCUCCAUGUUCUGA